ACGCUUAAUAACUUUUUUUAUACUAUUCUUUAACAUAAUUUAUAUAUAUUAUAUUUUAUCAUAUUUUUUUAUCACAUUUUUUAUACGAUUUUAUCAGAUAAUAAUUUGUACUUUUCAAACUUUCAUCUUUAUGCAAAAAAGACAUUUACUAAAUAUAUUUUUGUUGAAAUUUAAAAUCAAAAUUUAAUCAAAUUAGACAUUUAUCAAGAAAUAUUAUAAUGAUAAAUUUCCACUGUUUUUACAUUCGUAUAAAACAUUGUAUAAUGUGUGCACAAGUGUCAUCAAAGUUUUAUGCAACAAUUGCAAACUGUCCUACAGCAAGAAUAAUUGUUAUUGGAGAUGAAAUAUUGAAAGGACAAGUGAAAGAUACUAAUUCUUAUUAUAUGUGUAAUCUAUUGUAUAAAUGUGGUAUUAAAAUGAAAAAGAUCUCUGUUAUAGGUGAUAAUGUUGAAGAAAUUUCAAAAGAGAUUAGAGAUGCCUCCAACAAAUAUACCUAUGUUAUAACAUCUGGUGGAAUUGGACCAACACAUGACGAUGUUACAUAUGAAGGUCUUGCUAAAGCUUUCAAUGAUACAUUACAUUAUCAUCCCAGAUUAGUGGACAUAAUAAAAUAUCAAUUUGGGAUUAACGAUUCUUCAUCUCUUGCUUAUAAAAUGGCUCGAAUUCCUCGGAAAGCGUCUUUAAAGUUUGGUUUUAAUCCAAGUACUGGCAAGCCAAAUACUUAUCCAUAUAUUGUAUUAGAAAAUGUAUAUGUUUUUCCUGGCUCGCCUGUAUUUCUUGAGAAAUCUUUUCAAAGCUUGUAUCAGGAAUUACUAUCAACAGAUAGAAGAUUCAUAAAAGAAGAACUUUUUAUUAAUGCUUGGGAAGAAGUAUUUGUAAAUGCUUUAUCAGCUGUAGUAAAAGAAUUUCCCAAUGUUACUUUUGGUUCUUAUCCUGUGAACAAUUGCAGAUAUUUUAAAACGUUCGUGACUAUAGAGAGCGAUAAUAAAAACGAUACCCAAAAAGCAAAAGAAAGAUUCUACAAGCUAAAUCCUACAGAUAUUUUCGUAAAUUUUGAUCGGACACCACAUAUAGACUGUAUUACCAAGUAUAAUAAAUUUCUUCGAAGUUGUUCACGUCGAUCAAUUUAUGAGCAGGCACUCGAAAAGCUUAGACAAUUGUAUCAGAAUUUUGAAGAUGUGUCAAUACAUAUUGAUGGCAGUAUAGAAUCAAGCAUCGUUAUCCAUCUUGCUUAUAUCUGUAAAACUCAGUCGCAUUUCAAUAAUAAGUUACAAGUGAUUUAUUUCAAGGAGACACAAUCGGUUGAUCUAGAAGAAUUCGUCAAGGAAAUGAUUGAUAAAUAUAGUUUAGCAGUGUAUAUUGUGGAAGCUGCGCCGGAUGAAAGAAUAAAUAAAUUAAUAUUUAUGCAACCGCACUUACGAAAACUGCUAAUCGGAAAAAUUGAAGAAAUGGGCAAAAAUGAAGUUAAUCGUAACUAUAAUAACAUAAGUAAUGCGGGUCACACGCACACACAAUUACAAAUCUAUAAUCUUUUACAUAAUUGGACGAAUGAAGAUGUAUGGAGUUUAGCCUCGUCGUUGUAUCUGCCAUAUAAAUCAACAACUUAAAAGAAGUGAUAAGAAGGAAUUAUAUUAUAUUAUAUUAUAUUAUAUUAUAUUUUAAAUAUGUAGAAAUAUUAUAUAUAUUAAGAUAUGUAAGAGCGAUAUAUUUAGAAAUACAAAUAAUCAAGUUGUAAUCAAGGAAAAUUACGAUAAUAAUAUAAAAAUAAAUGUGUAUAUAUAGAGCAAAAUUUAUAAUCAAAAUUUAAUAGUAUGCAUGAUAUAAAAGCAUUGUGUUAAUUACGGCGCUAAUGGCAAAUACGCAAUAUUAAAUCAUAUUGCGAAUUUGAUUCCAGAAUUCUUGAAAUUUGAAAAUGUUUUCGGUCGAAUAUCGUAUAUUCGCAAGGACGAUGCAUGUGACUAAAAGCGACUUAGUAUUGUCUACGUGCAUUUUCGAUAUGUCUGCUUGGCCAUCCGAGCGAAACUGGAAUGUACAUGGAAGGGAGAAGUACUAGAGUAUAGGAGAAUUGUGGGGGAUGAGAUUGAGAUACCUCGCGAGGGUAUGAGCGAACUACAAGCUUGUAUUACACAUUUUUCAGUCGAAGAAAAGUCGGCUGAUUGAAAAGAAAAACAUUCUCAGCCUCUUCCAUUAUUCUUUUAUCAUUUUUUUCUUUUUACAUUUCAUUCCGAGUCAAUUAUUUUCACUUUUAUUUGUUGAAAUUUUAAAGUUAUAUAUAUAGAGCAAGUUACGGUGUUUUAUUGAUGACUAUCACGACUACAUCGCAAGUCCAAUCAUACUUCGGAGCAUGUAUUCUAUUGAUAUCGUUUGAAUUUCGUACAAAUAACGAAAGUAAAAAAUUAAUAAUCGUUUGACAAAAUAACGAAUUCGAAAGAUAAACGGUAAAAUAUACAUCAGUAUAUGUGCGUUCGUAUAUGCAUAGACGUCGUACAUAUUCAGUAUAUAUUCAGGAUGAAAAAGAGAAGCCGACAGUACUGGAGAUAGAAGAAAGGAAACGAAUGUAUAUUUCCAGAACAAAUAUUUACGUAAAAUAGGUAUAAAAAGAAUGUGUUUUCUGUUUGAUUUGUGACUGUAUUUUUCUUUCCGAUUCAACAGUCCUCUGUUCUUCCUCCCUCGCCCUUGCCACCAUCAAGCAACCACCCAACCACUCACUUACUCUCGACUAGUUCUCCCCUCUUUCGCAUGUUUCCUCUCGCGGAUCCUCUACGCUCGCGUUUGCGUGGGCGGACAGCAGAUGAAGAGAAGGGAAAAUUCUAUGGGCAUAGGUUAUUGACAUAUAUAUAAUAUAUCGAGUUGAUAUUUUGUAAGAUUUGACACUUUUUACAUGUGUCAAAAAAAUGUGGAAAUAAAUUUACUCUUCACAUUA